CGGCACAGAUUCUCCUGUCCUGAAGUGUCAGUCCUCCGGUGAAGAUGAGGUCCAGUUUGUUCCUGGUGGCGGUGCUGGUGUGUGGUCUGGUCGGUGCUCAGCCGGGGGGGCUGCCUGAGAGGGUGGAGAAACUGGAGAGCGACUACGGCGUGUUGGUUAAAUCCCGGGUGGCGUUUUCCGCUGCGCUGGUCGACGCCAACGAGUGGACCACCCAGGGCCCGUUUGAAGCCGAUAAGACUCUGGAGUUCAAGAGGGUGAUCACAAACGUCGGCGACGGAUACGACCCACAGACAGGUUUCUUCACCGCCCCCGCUAAAGGACUCUACUACAUCCAGGUCACCGGAGUAGCCGGUCCCACUGGCCAACUGAACGCCGGAUUAAAGAAAAACGGCGAUAACAUUUUUGCGAUCUACCAGAAAGCAGGAACCCAGGCCGCUGCCUCCAACGGUGUGGUUCUGGCCCUGGAGGCGGGUGACCGGCUCUGUGUCCAGCUCUGGGCGGGUCAGACCAUCGCAGACCAGGGUCGGCUCAGCACCUUCACCGGCUUCCUGGUCUUCCCCAUGUAGGAGGAGAUAAAGGGGGGCUUUCAGAUCGUCAUCCUGAACCCUGAGAGAUGUCUGGGUCAAAGCCGGGAAUCAAUGAAGCAGCAACAUCUCUGCAGGAGGUCCUGGACGAGGCCACCUGUUAGAUGAAUGUCAAGUUAAGAGCAUUGAUGAUUAAAGAUAAAAAACUGCAGACUCUGUGGAAAAAAUAAACACCUGCAAGCCA